CUGAGAUUGUGACAGAUGGAGCUGGUUUGACGCGGAGUCGGGGUUUGAAAGCGUUUGGUGAAAACAGGAAGAAAUCCACGUCUUUUCUUUUUUCAUCUGCAAUGAGAGGUGAACAGACUGAAGAUGGAGAGAACUCAGCGAACUCGCAGAGCAAAAUCCUGAUGAACCAGCUGAGGGAGAUCACUGGCAUCCAGGACCCUCAGAUCCUCUACAAAGCUUUGAAUGACAGUCAGGGGGACAUUGGAAAUGCUGUUGGACUGCUGACAACCCAGUCUGCAGAGGUUCAGGAUCCUGGAGAACCACAGGAGUUGGGGACCUCUGCGGAGGCCUGGGAGGGCCAGAAAGGACUCCCUAAGGAUGAACUGCAGACGGCCAUAGAACUCAGCCUGCAGGAGUCCCACAAUGCCCAGGAAGAGGAGAGAGAAUUUAAUAGGGCUCUGGAGGCCAGUGUAGAGGAGAAUGCAGCGAGAAUGAAGAGGAAGAGAUGUGAAGCCCAGAGUGAUAUGUGCAACCCUGCAGAGUGGAUCCGUCAGGACGACUGGCCCGUGGGCAUUCGCAAUGUUGGCAACACCUGCUGGUUCAGUGCCGUCAUCCAGUCACUGUUCCACCUGCCCGUGUUCAGGAGGCUGGUUCUCAGCUACCAUCUGUCUGAGCGAAUACUGGAGAAGUGUAAGAGCCAUUCUGACAAGAGGAACAUAGCUUUCAUGCAGGAGCUGCGCUGUCUAUUUGCUCUCAUGGUGGGCUCCACCCGCAGGUUUGUGGAUCCUUCUGCUGCUGUGGAGUUAUUGCGAGACGCCUUCAGGACCACCGAGGCCCAACAGGAUGUCAGUGAGUUUUCCCACAAACUGCUUGACUGGCUAGAGGAUGCAUUUCAGCUGGCUGCCAAUGAUAAGGUAGAAGACAAACAGAAAAACCCCAUGGUCCAGCUUUUCUAUGGUACCUUCGUGACAGAAAGAAGACAUGAGGGUAAGACGUUGUGUAAUAUCGAGCAGUUUGGCCAGUACCCCCUGCAAGUCAACGGCUUCAAUAACCUGGAUGAAUGCCUGGAAGGUGCUAUGGUUGAGAAAGAGAUCGAGUCUCUGCAUUCAGAUCCCGGCGUCACAUCUGGCCGUGAGAGAUGGUUCAAAACGUUACCACCAGUCUUGACAUUUGAACUGUCUAGAUUUGAAUUCAACACCCAGCUGGGUCGUCCUGAAAAGAUACACAAGAAACUGGAGUUCCCACAAAUCAUUUAUAUGGACAGAUAUCUUCACAAUAACAUAGAACAGACCCAUGAGAGGAGAGGAGAAGUGAAAAAACUCAAGGAUCAACUAGCUGCCCUUCAACAGAAACUCGAGUGCUACAAAAACUAUGGCUCUGGACCUACCAAGUAUCCUCUGGCUGACAUGCUGCAGUUUGUGCUGGAGUUCGCUACCACCAAGCCCACAAGUGUUUCCCCGGCUGAAGAUCUGAGACCAGCUUCUCCGACUCCUGCAAGCCACCCCCUUAGUGAAGUCAUCUCCAAAGACAACAGUGAACCAGAAGACACAGAUUCAUUGGACGGUCCGGUUUCCAGUGUUUCCAGUUGUCAGCGGACCCCCAUAUACAAGCCCUUCACCCAGUGCAGACUCCCGGUUGACUGCCCACCACACCCAGCCCCCCACAGCGUCACUGAAGAAGAGCUGCUCUUUGUGAAGACCUGCCUGCAGCGUUGGAGGACAGAAGUAGAGAAUGACAUAAAUGAGCUAAAGGCCAGUAUUGACAGGCUCACUCAGACGCUGGAGGGCAUGUACAUAGACAACUGUCUCUGCCAGGCACCCUACAGACUCCAUGCAGUGCUCGUCCAUGAAGGCCAGGCAUCAGCAGGCCAUUACUGGGCCUACAUUUAUGACCAUGCCAACAAGCGCUGGAUGAAGUACAAUGAUGUAAGCAUCACCGAGUCAUCAUGGGAGGAGCUGGAGCGAGACUCCUUUGGUGGAAUGACCAACGCCAGUGCCUACUGCCUGAUGUACAUUGAUGACAGGUUACCCAACCUUGUCACAGAAGACACAGAUGAUGAGACCGGCCAGGUGCUGCAUGGCAUGGACUCCCUGCCAUCCGUCCUCAGACGCUACGUCCAUGAAGACAACCGCUGGUUCCAGCAGGAGCUCAGUGAAUGGGAGGAGCAGUUCUGCCAGACCGCCACCCCACAGGGAGAGUCUACAGCCUCUGCAGAGCCCCCAAACCCCAGUCCAGUCAAUGUACACCAAACACCAGUUGAGCCAGCACCCCAGUCAGGACCAACCACUGAGGAGCUGGAGCAGGGAGCUUCUUCAGAGCCAGAACCAGACACAGAAGCGGCGAAAGACCCAGAGCCGGAUCCCAGAGAGAAGCCUGAAGAACUUGAAUUAACGCCACCACCAUUACCCCAGAGCCCCGGCUGCCAGCCAGACGAUACCAGCAGUGCGGCAGUCACUGACACCACGGGGCCCAGCCAGGGCUGCACCUCGGCUGAGAGAGAGCUUCAGUGUCAGACUUCUGGCCCUGAAGCAGAGCUCAGUAACCCGACACCAUCUGACCUCCAAGUGAAGAAGGACGACACACAGGCAGCAGGCCUUGGCCCUCAAGCUGAAAGCGAGCCAGAGGCUUCCAGAGAGGCACCUGAACAUGAAGCGAAGCAGCAGCAGGAGGAGGAGAAGGAGGCGCAGGAGGUCCCGGCCAGACAGCGACAGACUGAGGACGAGGUCUCAGAAGUGGAGAUCCCCAACGUGGGCAGGAUCAUGGUCAGAGCUGAUGCUGAUGGAUACAAUGAAGAGAUGAUGCUGACUCCAGCUAUGCAGGGCGUCAUUCUAGCCAUAGCCAAGGCCAGGCAAACCUUCGAUAAGGAAGGCCCUGAGGCUGGCCUCAUCAAGGCCUUCCACGAGGAGUAUUCCCGCUUGUUUGAGCUCUCCCAGGAGGAGACCACACCCCAGGAGGAUGCUCGUCUGCAGCACGCUCUGGUCUACUUCUUUCAGAACAAGGCACCCAAUCGCAUUAUUGAGAGGACGCUGUUGGAGCAGUUUACCGACCGCAACCUGAGCUUCGAUGAAAGGGCCAUCAGUAUCAAGAGGGAAGCUCGAACCAAGCUGCGCCUCAUCAAGCCAGAUGACAUGGAUAUGGAUGAGUACUUGCAGUGGCAUGAUGACUACAGGCUGUUCAGAACGGUGUUUGUCUACCAGCUGACUGGACUGGAGCACUACCAGCAUGGGAGGAUGCGGGAGGCACUGAUCUUCCUGGCUCAUGCGUACGAGACCAACGCCACCCUGCUGAAGAAUGGAGAGAAACGUGGUGUGGACAAGUCUCUUAUUGCCGUUUACAGGAGGAAAUGCCUCACUGCAUUGAAUGAAAGUGCAUCCCGGCUGUUUUGCAGCGGUGAGGAGACCAAUGUGGAGGAGGGCAUCGCCAUCAUGGAGGAGGCCGUCAUCCCCUGCCUUCACCUGAUGAGCCGAGACUCGGCUUUAUCCCAGGAAGACAGCAACGCCAUGGAGAGCAUCCGCAGCCACUGGUGCUGCUGCCUGGGCCAGGAAAUGGAUGACUCAUUGCAGGUGAAGCUGGGUGAGUUUCUGCCCCGGGUUCUGGACGGUUCAGCUGAGACAGUAGUUCUUAAAGACCCACCCAAAGUCCAUGUCAACCAGCAGGCCCACGACCUGUGCAGUCGCCUGGCCGCUAUCAUCGAGUCCAUCCACAGCACCUCGAUAGUCAGCGUUAAAUAAAGUCCCGAAUGAAUCCCCCAACAACCUCCUUGAGCCGUGCGUCCGACCUGCAAGCAACUUGGCCGAUGAUUCAUCCUGUGCUGACAGACUGGGGUUGAGACAGCGUGUCGUUUUCAACGAGCCAAAUCAUGUAUUUCAUUUUAUCUGCUGGUUUAGCAUUGCGCAUGCAUAUCAUUGAUGGUUUAUCAUAGUAAACUGUAAGCACUUUUUAGGGGUAGAUAGAGGAUGAGGCAGUGUUGUUACCACGUGAUUGCUGGAAAAACCCUCCACAGGAUGCACAGGUCUCGACAUGAUCAUGAAUCCUCUGUAUUCUUCAGUGUAUGCCUUCUGCCUGCUCAGCACCAUCAGAAACCCCCAGUGUGCUAAAAAUACAGUACGCUGCUUGUGUACUUUUUAAGUAUACUUAAAAAAUCAUAAUGGCCUUGAAGUAGCAGCAGGUUAUGCAGAAAAGGCCCAUAUGGUAGCAACUCACUGUAAUUGUUUUUUCUCCAACGCCCCGUCAGACAUCAUUUAAAUUCUGAAAUCAUGUUUUAGACCUUCAGUGUCCAACUCUCUUCGACUAUAAAUACAUCCUCUUAGUACCCACUCCACCCACCUUCUGUCAUGGACAGUUUUGAUAGUAGGCCUACGUGGUGACUCUUUUUCCGAACAACUGCAGAGGGAACUGUAAAGAUUAAUAUCACCGUAAUCAGCUUCUCCUCCAAAAAGGCCUUUGUGAAAUCAAGCUGCCGAAGAAAUAAGAUGUCAUCAGUAAACAAACACGGAAGCUUGAGUCUCUGAUUGGCACUCUGAAUGUUUUAGUGGCUGGCAAACUUGUUAAAUUUAAAUACUGGCGACAACUGAACAGUUGUCACUGAAUAUUGUCACUUGAUUGGUAGGAUUUAUUGUGUUGCUAAGCAGUGUGAACGCACAAUAAGGCCUUUAAUUAAACAGGGCUUUAAAAGAAAAACACUAGAUUUGUACUCCACAGCAACAAAUGCUUUUUUUUAAAUAUAUGUUUUAUAUUACUUUGUAUUUUUCCAAAACAGGAAAUUUUACUUGUAGGUGAAGCUAGUAAAGAAAUAUAUCCACAGUAACUAUGACGCAUAAAUAUAUGAAGGGCAGAGCAUCCUGUACAACUUUCAAAGAGAGCUGCUCCACGCUCAGAUGUGCUGAUCGCAGUAGAUCUGUGCACUCUAACUAUCAGUCUGUGGAAACUCUUCUUUGUUUAGGUCUGACGGUGCCCUGUUGGACAUGCACUUUGCUCAACAGAUUUUUGUGUAAACUAUGUAAACCCUCUGAAAGGAAAGAUAACGGAAAAGAGAGGAAAUCCUUUUUUUUUUUUUUUUUCUGGUGUCCCAGAUGCAAUGCAGUAUCGCAAAUGAAUCCUCUGAUUGAGGGUUUUCAGCCCUGCAACAUGGAGCCAAUUCUGGCUGCUGAUUUCACGCUGCUUUGUCACUUGUACUCUGCGAUGAUACUCAUUAAAUGUUUUAAAUACUC